GGCUCAAUGGUUGAUUUUUCACGCAUCACACACAACAAACAUCGCAUGAUUGGUUCUCUAUACACGCUUUGGAAUUAUUCUUGCAUAUAUCGCUGUCAUUUCAAUUACUCAUUUCAUCCACUUGCUCACUCCAUCAUCCCCGUCAUCAUCUUCAUUCGCAGAUCGUCUGUAGAUUAUACCCAGUUCUUGUCUCCUUCACCAACGCACGCACGCAUUUAUUUUUACGCCAUCCGUUCUCCCACGUCAAACUUAUCCAUCAUUUUUCAUUCUUAUCUCUCUGCUUUCCGUCCCUUGUAUAUCCUCAUUUAUCUCGACUCUCACCUUAUCUGUACACCCUUAGAUGUUGUUUCCUGGCUUAUCUUCUCUCUCAUUCCGCUCUAUCUCCCCCGUCUUGUUGUUGUACUCACAUGUAUCCUCUGCUUCAUUUAUUUAUAUACAUAUCAGGCUACAUUGUUGACUAGCAACCGUGUGCAUGCGUGUUGGAAAAUGAACAUUACGACUUCUAGAUUGUUGAGUUGUAAAUGUGGAGCUAGAGAACUCCUUGGGAGAGGACCCCAAAAGAAUGAACUGUCUUCCUUGGUUGCGAACGGCGAAUUCGAACAGGGAACAUCUUGUGUAUUCCUGUCAUCACUAUCGCGUAGUUAUACCACCUAGGCCUCAGGUCGACAGGGAAGAAGAUCACGAAGACGGGACGUAGACGACCAUCACAUAUCCUGAAUUACAGUGAACUAUGUAGAUCUGGGAAGGCCUGGUGUCCUCGGUGGCCUCCUUAACCUUCUGUCCGUUUGGUGUUUUGGAUGUCGGUGCUAUCGGGUACGGUGAAGACCAUCAGCACAGACAAACCUAGAUAGUCUUUGCAGCCAUUUGUAGUUCUUGGAAUAGAGUUCUCCGUUAUCG